CCACCUCCUGCCAUGAUCUCAUUUAAACUUUUAAAGACAAAGCACUGAUAUUCAUGCUUGCAGUCUGUUUCAUACAUGCAGCAUUAACAGGCGAGACGAAGGAUAAACCAUCAGUUUGUAUCCAUCAUCUCAAAUUAGCAGCAUGUUCCUGUUGAAUAUUUGCAUCUGUGCCGGCAUCAUGCUGUCACUCCCUCAGUGCACGUAUCAGUCAUGCACCGAAGGGACACCCAGACAGUGCAUCGAGGCAGAAUUUGUUCCAGGUACCAAUUUGGCCGGGGAAGGCUUCGACAUCACCAAAAUGGAACGAAAGGGGGCCUUUGUGCUUGACAUGAAUCAGUGGAAACGCAAAGACAAAACGUGCAUCCUGUGUAGCAACCCCUAUCUGGAGAACAAAAAACAAAAGCUCCCCUUGUCGGUGGUGGACUGGAGGCCAAAACAGUCCUGCAGCAUGAAAGUGGCCAGUAAACUCCACAGAUCCAGUGAAUCUCUGGUCAGUUCCAGCACCUCUUCUGUUGAAAACAACUGGGGGAUGAAUCUAGACGUUAAUGUGGGUGAAAAAAGCGGCUCAGUGAUGCUGGCUGGUACCGAUUCUAAACUGGCUGAUUAUUCCAUGGAAAAAACGAAGAAUGACAAGUUCAGCUUCACGAGUCAAAGCAUGUUGUGUGAGUACUACAGCUACCGAGUUUCCAGCAAACCAAAGCUGCACAGAGAAUUUAACCAAGCAGUAAAGCAACUCCCCAAAACCUACAGCCCUGAAUACAAGAAACGAUUUUACAAACUGAUUGACAACUUUGGCACUCAUUACAUCACCAAGGUGAAGUUGGGAGGAAGUGUUCAAUCUGUGACCAGCAUCAAGCAGUGCCAGGCCAGCCUGCAGGGCCUCAGCGUGGAGGAGGUGAAUAUGUGCCUGGAAGUUGAAGCGUCUGCCAGCAUCCACGCCACAAUAAAAACUCAAGCAAAACACUGUAAGAAGGACAUCGAGAAGACAGACAGUAAAUCGGCCUUCUCCAGCCUCUUCAAUGACAGGUUCACAGAAAUAAAGGGGGGUCAUACCACAGAGCCAGACCUUCUCUUCUCCGCUGACAAAAAUCCAUCGGCCUACAAAGAAUGGCUGAACUCUCUCCCACAGAAUCCAGACAUAGUCUCAUAUUCUCUGGAGUCACUUCAUGAGUUACUGCCUACGAACACACCUGCCCGGAAGAACCUGCGCUCAGCCGUUAGCCACUACAUCCUGGAGAAAGGCCUGUGGAAGAACUGCAGUGAACGCUGUCAGGCCGGCAUCAAGAGCGACCCAAAGGAUGCCUGCGUCUGCCAAUGCCACAAUGACCCUGCUGUAAACGCUGACUGCUGCCCAACCCGUAAAGGCAUGGCACGCGUCAUAAUAACCAUUCAACGGGCCUCUGAUCUUUGGGGUGACCACACCACAGCCACAGAUGGUUAUGUGAAGGUGUCUUUCAACAGGCAAACGGUGCGGUCCCGUGUCAUUUACAACAACAACAACCCACACUGGGCAAUGGUCAUGGACGUGGGCUCUCAGGAUUUGUCCUCAGGACAUAAAGUGAGAUUUGAAGUGUGGGAUGAGGACAACAAAUGGGACGACGACCUGUUGGGAGAAUGUGAGCAAGAUUUGUCUGCAGGGGUCAAGGAGGAUCUUUGUAACCUGCAGCACGGCCGGCUCUUCUACAAAUUGGAGGUGAAAUGUGCUCCGAGUCUGAGUGGAAAUUCAUGCACGGAGUAUAAACCUUCACCUAUGAGUCAAAGUCUGAAAAAUCUGUAUGUGUCCCGUCAUGCCCACCCUGUUCCAAAGGCCAUCCUGUUAAAGAUGGGUGUGUUUGUGGACGAAUCCAGUUCACAGAGAAACCAGAGUCUCACUGCUGAGAGUCAAAAGCUUAAUGAGAUAUAACAACCAUGUUUGGUUUUACUGAGGCCUACAUACUGUACUAACACAACACUUUUAAUUUGGCAUAUGGAUGACAUUAAAAGACUUUAACUAAUAUAGAGGCACGUCAGUUAAGAAGAAUUCUUAUGUGUUGACAAAGCGACUGCAGCCUGGAAGAUGAUGCUCCGAAUAUUUGACAUGUUAAAUUUUUGACUCAGUUGAAGUCUUUAAUUGCAACUUGCAGUUGGAGUUGUUAAUGUAGGCUCCCAGAAAUCAGCCUGAGAAAAAGAUUUAGAUGACUGAAAUUUACUCUUAUAAAUGUAUAAAAAUAAAUAUGAGGAAAAUGCAGUUCUUAUGAUGCUCUUGUGAUCUGCAUAUUUGUAUCAUAUAGUGUCCAUUUCCUCAGUUCAGUUUGUUAUAAUAUGGCUUUUACUUAUAAACUUAUUUAUGCCUUAUAUUUUACAUACUUUCAAAGAGAACAUGUUUGCAGACUUAAUGUAUUCACUCUGUAGCAUUUUAUUAUAUAUUCAAACAUUUAUAACAUGUGCUAGUGUGUUUUAUGCAUUUAUUAUUUUGUGUAUUCUUGCCAUGGUGUUUGUUUAUCCACAAUAAAAGCAUAGUAUCUGAACAUUGCAGUAUUUCAGUG